CAGAUUCAGGUUCGGAUGUUAUUCCUUAUCAAGGACCACUCCAAUUUUUGGACCAGGAGGAAACAGUUAGUUCAACAUCAGAGCUUAUGGCUUUAAAUUCAGCAUCAAAGCACCAAAAGCAAAGAGCUACAGAUUUUGUAAUCAAGAAUGACAUCAUUUCAAGUACUGUUAAAGAUGUGGAAGUUCAGCAAUCUGGGAAUCAGGAUGGGAUUCGUGUUUGGGACAAGGUACACUAUUGUGUGUACUGCGAAAAAGGAUUCACCGAUAUAACUAAACAUUAUUUGGGAGUACAUUCAAAUGAAACAGAUGUGUAACAUAUCAAAUCUCAUCCUUUAAAGUCCACCAAUAGAAAACUUGCCCUAAUGAAGCUGAGAAACAGUGGUGAUUUUCAACACAAUUAUGAAGUGUUAAGAACACGCCAUGGAACUUUAGUAACUUUUACUAGAAAUUGGAAUGAAACUUCCGCAGACCAAUUUCUGCCUUGUCAAUAUUGUUUGGGAUUUUUCCUUAAAUCUUCUUUAUGGCGACACACCAAAAAUUGUCCGUUUGCUCCUGAAAGAAAAGAAAAAUACAGAAAAGUAUCAUCACAAUCCAUGCUGCUUCUUCCAACUAGCACAGAUGUUAGCGAAGGCCUAAGAGAAAAGGUAUUAAGCCGAAUGUCUGCUGAUGAAAUUAGUAUAGCAGCCAGGAAUGAUCCUAUUAUUGUGAGAGUUGGGGAAAAACUUUAUCAGAAACAUGGACACUUGACUCACCUCUAUACAUAUGUAAGUCAAAAGAUGAGAGAACUUGGAAGAUUACUGAUUUUACUUAGAGAAACUGACAAAGAUAUUAAUUCUCUAGAUGAUGCAAUCCAUCCAAAGAAGUACCCUGCUGUGGUAAAAUGUACAAAAACAUUAUGUGGCUUUCAAGAAAACUCAAAUUCAUACAAUAAUCCAUCCUUAGCACUGAAGUUGGGACAUUCUCUUAAAAAAUGUGCAAAAAUCAAAAAUUCCUUAGCCCUGAUUCAAGGAAAUGGAGAUUCAACCAAAGACGCAGAGGUAUUUUUCACUCUGUGUGAAAACGAAUGGACUGAUUCAGUCUCAAGCAGUGCAUUUCAGACGUUGGCAUCAAACAAAUUGAACAAAGGUCAUGGGUUACCUCUCGCAGAAGACAUCCAAAAAAUGCAAACUCUUCUGAAGGAAAAAACUGAAGAGCUUGUUAUUCAGCUACAAAAAUCAGUGAAGAAAUCUGUAUGGGAUGAGCUGAAUCAAGUGACAUUGGCCAGACUUGUGAUGUUUAACAGACGCAGAGGUGGAGAGUCAGAGAGAAUGACACUUGCGUCUUUCUGUGAAAAAAGGUCAAAGAGUGACUCACUAAAAGAAAUUGAAGAUUCCUUAAAACCACUUGAAAGAAUCCUCUGUAAAACCUUUUCAAGAGUUGAAAUUCGUGGAAAAAGAGGACGUAUGGUCCCAAUCUUAAUAACACCAGCACUAGAGAGGAGCAUAGUUUUGCUAAAUGAAACCAGGGAACAGGCUGGAGUAAGUAAAAGCAAUCCUUAUGUCUUUGCCAGGUCAGGCUUCAGUUCCCUUAACCCAAUCCGAAGCUCAGAUUGUCUUCGAAAGUUUGCUGAAGAAAGUGGGGUUAAAAACACUCGGAAUUUGACUAGUACAAAGCUGAGGAAACACGUUGCUACAGUAUCACAAAUUUUAAAUUUAGAGAAAAGUGACAUUGAAAUCAUGGCAGGUUUCCUUGGACAUGACAUUAGGGUGCACACAUCAUUUUACAGGCUCCCAAGCGAUACAUUACAGAUUGCAAGAAUGGGAACAAUUCUGACUGCUUUUGACAACGGAGAAAUUUCAAAAUACAGUGGAAAAUCUUUGGACCAAAUUGCCUGUGAAGACAUUAAACUUGGCAAUGAAGAAGGUGAAGAGGAUAUGAGCAGUAGUGGAGAGGAAAGUGAUGAAGACAAUUGUCACAGAGGAAAAAUGAGGAAGCUGAAUCCUCCAAAAGAAGCUGCAGAGAGUGAAUCUGACAGUGAAGAGGACAAUGAGAAUGCACAUGACAUGGCUAAGAAAGAAAGGGAACAUGGGAAAAAUACAAAAACAGGCUCCUCAAAGAAACCAGGAAGUGAUGACCAAUACAUGAAAGGGAAACCUAAAAGAGUGCCAAAUACACGGCAUCAGUGGACACAAGAUGAGAAAGCUGCCCUAUUGAGAAAGUUUAAGAAGCCUAUUUCUUUAGGAAAAACACCUGGCCAAUUGGAUUGCUUAAAUGCUAUUAGGCAAGAGACAUGUUUAGCCAAGUUCACUUGGAAACAAAUAAAGUUUGCUGUAAAAAAUAUCAUUACAUCUGAAAGAAGACAAGUGAAGAAAAUGACAAAACAGGUGUAGAUUUCUUUGCAAAGAAUGCAAAAAAUAUCUUCAAAGAGAUGUAACUGGAUAGGUGAUGUAAGAGAUGUAACUCAGAUGAUUUAAAAGAUGUAACUUAGAGAGAUGAUGUAACUUGGAUAUAUUACUUUAUUUUCAUUUCACUUGUACCAUAACUAUUUUCCCCCUUCCUGUCCUUAUUCUGUAAUGUUUUUUAAACUGAUUUUUUAAAUUUUGCCUAUUGUGUUUUGGUACAAGUUUGAUCAAAAUUGGGGAAACUUCCUUUGUAACUUCAUUAUAUUCAUUCCCGCGGAACUAAUUGGUAAUGCCAACUUGUUGCAACCCGUGAAAAACUUUCUUGCAAGCUGGUCUCUUGGAAGAGAUCUGCCAUGAAUAUGUGUUUGUCCAUCUUUCAUCCAUCUGUCCAUUUGUCACACUUUAUCUUUAGUUAAGUUUCAAAGAAAUUGUAGAAUAUACUUUUAUUGAAUUCCAUAUGCUGAUAGAUAUUGGUUAGUGUUAUUCAAUUGCAUGUUAACUUUCCUUUGGUCUUAACCUUACUUUUCUUGAAUUUGCAUUUAGUUCAGUAUAAAGAAACUUUAAGAUAUUUCUAGGAAAACUCAUACACUAAUACAUAUUGGUAAGAGCUAUUCAACUGUGUCAAAAAUUGUUGGUCUUGAGUUCACUGUUACUCAUUUUGUGUUUAACUUAGUUAUCAAGAUUUUUUUCUUCAAAUUAUAUAUUAGUAAGAGCUAUCCAACUGCAUCAAAAUUUUCUUUACCUUGACCUUCCGUAUGACCUUUACCUCACUAUUCCUUAAUUUGUAAUUAGCUCAUUUUCAAAAAAAGUAUUCCGGAUAUUUCUAUUAAAACUCAUACACUGGUACAUACUCAUGAGAAUUAUUCAAUUUAAUAUAAGUCUGACCUUAACCUUGCAAUUCGUCAUUUUGCAUUUACUUAAAGGAUGAACUUUAAACAAUUAAGUUAUUCCUUCUUUCAUCAUAUAUUACUAUAAGCUCAGACCAAAGAAGCAGGAUAUUAUUUUUUUGUUCAUUUUACAAUACAAAUGUACAUUGGGUGGGACAUUCAUGUCCUAUAGACAAGUUUCUAGUUCAUUGAUGUUUUAGAAAUGUGAAGCUUUUCGGCUUACCUCUGAUAAAAUACUUUGAAAUAGCCAUGGACUGAGAAACAAUAAAAUAAAGUUUAUUCUUAUA